GACGAAGACAGGAACUAUUAAAGACCGGCCAUCUCGUGGAUCGCAUCCUGUUGCUCAAGGACGUCUCUCAUCGCAAUCGUUGGACAAUCGACGACAAUCGAAAACCAACAGCGCAGCUCUGAACUUUGAACGUCUGCUUCUUUCCUUGCGCGCCCUACUGGUCUGCAAAGUCGUAACAUGGAUCCGAGUACUCUGCUUGCCGCGAAAUUUGCGAGUUAUGACACGGUCAUCGGCAUGACUCUGUUCGGUUACGACUACCUUCUCAUGUUGCCGAAAGAGAUUAGAUAUGUCUGGUACUCGCCAUGGACACCUGGAAAGGUGCUUUAUUUCGCUGUCCGCUAUAUGCCGUUUGUAGACAUGCCGGUCUGGCCGUUUGCGGACGCAUUCAUGGGCGGUAAUCUCCCAAUGCCUUGCAGUCGCGCGAGCGAUUUCACGCUCAUCACCUUUCUCAUCGCUGCUUGUCUAGCAGACAUAUUAUAUGGUCUUAGGACAUGGGCUCUGUGGAGUCGCAACAAGUAUUUCGGCAUAUUCCUCGUCGUAUCUGGUGUGGUAUUCAACUUAGCAUGUAUUCUCAUGCUUGCGCUCGUGCAAUCUGGGGAUGGGUCAAUAAGGAUUCCAGAACUUCCCGGCUGCUUUUCACCACAGUCGAGCAAUGAUCAUACAGUUUGGAAGGCUUAUUUACUGACCACGAGCUUUCAGCUUUUGUUAUUCCUGAGCACCCUCGUGAAAGGAAUACAUCAUU